GGACUUAUAUCCAGACUUUGCCUGACACUGCAGGGUCCAAGAGAAUUAAGGAAAUAUGGAAUGACAUGAAGAAGAUUAGUUAAGGAUUAUAGGCUUUGAGGACAGACACCUCAGUGAAGUGAAGCACAGACAAGCUCCCUAGCUGAAGUUUGGAGGAGCCGUGUGUUGGAAGAAGAUGGCGGAUCCAGGAAUGAUGAGUCUUUUUGGCGAGGAUGGGAAUAUUUUCAGUGAGGGCCUUGAAGGCCUUGGAGAGUGUGGUUACCCUGAAAACCCGGUCAACCCCAUGGGCCAACAGAUGCCGAUAGACCAAGGCUUUGCCUCUCUGCAGUCAUCCCUUCAUCAUCCCUCCACUAAUCAGAAUCAAACCAAGUUGACCCAUUUUGAUCACUAUAAUCAGUAUGAACAACAAAAGAUGCAUCUGAUGGAUCAGCCGAACAGAAUGAUGGGUAGUGCCCCUGGGAAUGGACUCGCGUCUCCUCACUCGCAAUAUCACACCCCUCCCGUUCCUCAGGUCCCUCACGGUGGCAGUGGCGGCGGCCAGAUGGGCGUCUACCCUGGUCUGCAGAACGAAAGGCAUGGGCAAUCUUUUGUGGACAGUGGCUCUAUGUGGGGACCACGGGCUGUUCAGGUACCAGACCAGAUACGAGCCCCCUACCAGCAGCAGCAGCAGCCCCCACCCCAGCCAGCUCCGUCAGGCCCCCCGACUCAGGGCCACCCUCCGCACAUGCAGCAGAUGGGGAGCUAUAUGGCACGUGGGGACUUCUCGAUGCAGCAGCAUGGUCAGCCGCAGCAGAGGAUGAGCCAGUUUUCCCAAGGCCAAGAAGGCCUCAAUCAGGGAAAUCCUUUCAUUGCCACCUCAGGACCCGGCCACCUGUCCCACGUGCCCCAGCAGAGCCCCAGCAUGGCGCCUUCCCUGCGUCACUCUGUACAGCAGUUCCAUCACCACGCCCCUACUGCUCUCCAUGGAGAAUCCGUUGCCCACAGUCCCAGAUUCUCCCCUAAUCCUCCUCAACAAGGGACUGUUAGGCCACAAACCCUUAACUUUAGUUCUCGGAGCCAGACAGUCCCCUCACCUACUAUAAACAACUCAGGGCAGUAUUCUCGAUAUCCUUACAGUAACCUAAAUCAGGGAUUAGUUAACAAUACAGGGAUGAAUCAAAAUUUAGGCCUUACAAAUAAUACUCCAAUGAAUCAGUCCGUACCAAGAUACCCCAAUGCUGUAGGAUUUCCAUCAAACAGUGGUCAAGGACUAAUGCACCAGCAGCCCAUCCACCCCAGCGGCUCACUUAACCAAAUGAACACACAAACUAUGCAUCCUUCACAGCCUCAGGGAACUUAUGCCUCUCCACCUCCCAUGUCACCCAUGAAAGCAAUGAGUAACCCAGCAGGCACGCCUCCUCCACAAGUCAGGCCUGGAAGUGCUGGGAUGCCCAUGGAAGUUGGCAGUUAUCCAAAUAUACCCCACCCUCAGCCAUCUCACCAGCCCCCUGGGGCCAUGGGAAUUGGACAGAGGAAUAUGGGCCCCAGAAACCUGCAGCAGUCUCGUCCGUUUAUAGGCAUGUCCUCAGCACCGAGGGAGUUGACCGGGCACAUGAGACCAAAUGGUUGUCCUGGCGUUGGCCUUGCUGACCCACAAGCAAUACAAGAGCGACUGCUCCCUGGCCAGCAGCAUCCGGGCCAGCAGCCGCCCUUCCAGCAGCUGCCAACCUGCCCUCCGAUGCAGCCCCACCCAGGGGUGCACCACCAGUCUUCACCCCCACCGCACCCUCACCACCAGCCGUGGGCACAGCUCCACCCCUCGCCCCAGAACACCCCGCAGAAAGUGCCUGUGCGUCAGCAUUCUCCAUCGGAGCCCUUUCUAGAGAAACCAGGGCUGGAUGUGACUCAGGUUAGCGGACCGAACGCUCAGCUAGGGAAGAGUGAAGAUUACCUGCCAUCAAUAGAACAGCAGCCACAGCAAAAGAAGAAGAAAAAGAAAAACAACCACAUUGUUGCAGAGGAUUCCAGUAAAAGUUUCGGUAAAGACGACUUCCCUGGUGGGGUUGAUAACCAAGAACUAAGUAGGAACUCACUAGAUGGGUCCCAAGACGAGAAAAAGAAAAAGAAAAAGCCGAAGGCAAAACAAGAUCCGAAGGAACCGAAAGAACCCAAGGAGAAGAAAGAGCCCAAGGAACCCAAGACCCCGAAAGUCCCUAAGAUUCCCAAAGAGCCAAAGGAAAAGAAAGCAAAAACUGCCACGCCAAAACCCAAAUCCAGCAAAAAGUCAAGUAAUAAGAAACCUGAUUCAGAAGCAAGUGCUUUGAAGAAAAAGGUCAACAAGGGAAAAACAGAAGGUUCUGAAAAUUCAGACUUAGAAAAAACACCCCCACCAUCUCCUCCUCCUGAAGAAGAUGAUGACCCAGGUGUUCAGAAGAGACGUUCCAGCAGGCAGGUAAAGAGGAAGCGAUACACUGAAGACUUGGAGUUCAAGAUUUCGGACGAGGAGGCAGAUGAUGCAGAUGCUGCUGGAAGAGACUCCCCUUCAAACACCUCUCAGUCAGAGCAGCAGGAAUCUGUUGAUGCAGAAGGUCCAGUGGUAGAAAAAAUCAUGAGUAGUCGUUCAGUUAAAAAACAGAAGGAAUCUGGAGAGGAGGUAGAAGUGGAGGAAUUCUAUGUGAAAUACAAAAACUUCUCUUACCUUCAUUGUCAAUGGGCAUCCGUAGAAGAUCUGGAAAAAGAUAAGAGAAUUCAGCAAAAGAUUAAACGAUUCAAGGCAAAGCAGGGCCAGAACAAAUUCCUUUCAGAGAUUGAGGAUGAGCUUUUUAAUCCAGAUUAUGUGGAGGUGGACCGGAUAAUGGACUUUGCACGCAGCACAGACGAUCGGGGAGAGCCUGUGACGCACUACCUGGUGAAGUGGUGCUCGCUUCCUUAUGAAGACAGCACGUGGGAGCUGAGGCAGGACCUAGACCCGGCCAAGAUCGAAGAGUUUGAAAAACUCAUGUCCAGGGAGCCGGAAACAGAGCGUGUGGAGCGACCUCCUGCUGACGAUUGGAAGAAAUCAGAGAGUUCCAGGGAGUAUAAAAACAAUAACAAACUCAGGGAAUACCAGUUGGAGGGAGUGAACUGGCUACUUUUCAAUUGGUACAACAUGCGAAACUGCAUUUUAGCAGAUGAAAUGGGUUUGGGAAAAACUAUCCAGUCCAUUACAUUUCUCUAUGAGAUAUAUUUGAAAGGAAUCCAUGGCCCUUUUUUAGUAAUUGCCCCAUUGUCCACAAUCCCCAACUGGGAAAGGGAGUUUCGUACCUGGACAGAGUUGAACGUGGUUGUGUAUCAUGGGAGUCAAGCUAGUCGUCGGACCAUUCAGUUGUAUGAAAUGUACUUCAAAGAUCCACAGGGUCGAGUGAUGAAGGGGUCCUAUAAGUUUCAUGCCAUCAUCACUACAUUUGAGAUGAUUUUGACUGAUUGUCCUGAGCUGCGGAAUAUUCCAUGGCGCUGUGUGGUCAUUGAUGAAGCUCACAGGCUGAAGAAUAGGAACUGCAAGCUGCUGGAGGGGCUCAAGAUGAUGGACUUGGAACACAAAGUGCUGCUGACGGGGACCCCCCUGCAGAACACGGUGGAAGAGCUCUUCAGCUUGCUUCAUUUCUUGGAACCAAGUCGCUUCCCUUCAGAAACCACCUUUAUGCAAGAGUUUGGUGAUCUGAAAACAGAAGAGCAGGUGCAAAAACUUCAGGCUAUUCUAAAGCCAAUGAUGUUGAGACGUCUCAAGGAAGAUGUAGAAAAGAACUUGGCCCCUAAAGAAGAGACUAUUAUUGAAGUUGAGCUAACAAACAUUCAGAAGAAAUAUUACCGAGCCAUCCUUGAGAAGAAUUUUACAUUUCUUUCCAAAGGUGGUGGUCAAGCUAACGUACCCAACCUUUUAAACACUAUGAUGGAGUUACGAAAGUGCUGCAAUCACCCAUACCUUAUUAAUGGUGCUGAAGAGAAAAUUUUGGAAGAGUUUAGAGAAACACACAAUGCCGAGUCUCCAGAUUUUCAGCUCCAGGCAAUGAUCCAGGCUGCUGGCAAGCUCGUGCUGAUUGACAAGCUGCUGCCAAAACUGAAGGCUGGUGGCCACAGGGUGCUUAUCUUUUCCCAGAUGGUGCGCUGCUUGGACAUACUGGAAGACUACCUCAUUCAGAGACGGUACCCCUACGAAAGAAUCGAUGGCCGAGUCAGAGGCAACCUGCGCCAGGCAGCUAUUGACAGAUUCUCUAAGCCUGAUUCUGAUAGGUUUGUUUUCCUCCUGUGUACAAGGGCAGGAGGGUUAGGCAUUAAUCUUACUGCUGCUGAUACCUGCAUCAUCUUUGAUUCAGACUGGAAUCCCCAAAAUGACCUCCAGGCUCAGGCUAGAUGUCAUCGAAUAGGACAGAGCAAAUCUGUGAAAAUCUACAGGCUGAUUACCAGAAAUUCUUAUGAAAGAGAAAUGUUCGACAAGGCUAGUUUGAAGCUUGGCCUGGAUAAAGCUGUGCUGCAGUCUAUGAGCGGAAGAGAAAACGCUACCAACGGGGUACAACAGCUUUCCAAGAAAGAAAUAGAGGAUCUUCUGCGAAAAGGGGCUUAUGGUGCACUCAUGGAUGAGGAGGAUGAAGGGUCUAAAUUCUGUGAAGAAGAUAUCGAUCAGAUUCUCCUACGGCGAACCCACACCAUCACCAUUGAAUCAGAAGGAAAAGGGUCCACGUUCGCUAAGGCCAGCUUUGUUGCAUCUGGAAAUAGGACAGAUAUUUCCUUGGAUGAUCCAAAUUUCUGGCAAAAGUGGGCAAAGAAGGCUGAAUUGGAUAUCGAUGCCUUAAAUGGGAGGAACAACCUAGUCAUUGACACUCCAAGAGUGAGAAAGCAAACUAGGCUGUACAGUGCAGUGAAAGAAGAUGAGCUGAUGGAAUUUUCAGACUUGGAAAGCGAUUCUGAAGAAAAGCCUUGUACCAAGCCCCGGCGCCUGCAGGAUAAGUCACAGGGUUACGCAAGGAGCGAGUGUUUCAGAGUGGAGAAGAAUCUGCUUGUUUAUGGGUGGGGACGGUGGACAGACAUCCUUUCACACGGGCGCUACAAACGCCAACUCACCGAACAAGAUGUGGAAACCAUAUGCAGAACCAUCCUCGUAUACUGCCUCAAUCACUACCGAGGGGACGAGAAUAUCAAAAGCUUCAUCUGGGAUCUGAUCACACCAACGGCUGAUGGCCAGACUCGAGCUUUGGUCAAUCAUUCCGGGUUGUCAGCACCGGUGCCACGAGGAAGGAAGGGCAAGAAGGUGAAAGCGCAGAGCGCGCAGCCGGUGGUGCAGCACGCGGACUGGCUGGCCGGCUGCAACCCAGAUGCGCUCUUCCAGGAGGACAGCUACAAGAAGCACCUGAAGCACCACUGCAACAAGGUCCUGCUGCGUGUCCGCAUGCUGUACUACCUAAGACAAGAAGUUAUAGGAGACCAGGCCGAUAAGAUCUUAGAGGGUGCUGACUCAAGUGAGGCAGACGUGUGGAUCCCUGAGCCUUUCCAUGCUGAAGUUCCUACAGAUUGGUGGGACAAGGAAGCAGAUAAAUCCCUCUUAAUUGGAGUGUUCAAACAUGGCUAUGAGAAGUACAACUCCAUGCGAGCUGACCCCGCGCUGUGUUUUCUGGAACGAGUCGGUAUGCCUGAUGCCAAGGCCAUCGCUGCCGAGCAAAGAGGAACAGACAUGCUAGCAGAUGGCGGUGACGGGGGAGAAUUUGACAGAGAAGAUGAAGACCCAGAGUAUAAACCAACGAGAACGCCAUUCAAGGAUGAAAUAGAUGAAUUUGCAAAUUCUCCUCCAGAGGAUAAGGAAGAGUCUGUGGAAAUACAUGCUGCAGUUCUUUCUAAUAGAUGGACGAGAAGAGAAGAGGCUGAUUUUUACCGUGUGGCAUCCACUUUUGGGGUUAUUUUUGACCCCGUAAAACAGCAGUUUGACUGGAACCAGUUUCGAGCCUUUGCCAGACUUGACAAAAAGUCUGAUGAGAGUUUGGAGAAGUACUUCAGUUGUUUUGUGGCCAUGUGUAGGCGAGUGUGUCGAAUGCCCUCUAAAGCAGAUGAUGAGCCACCCGACCUCUCUUCCGUGAUUGAGCCAAUCACAGAAGAGCGAGCCUCUAGGACUCUGUACCGCAUAGAACUGCUGCGGAAAAUACGCGAGCAAGUUCUUCAUCACCCUCAGCUGGGAGAGAGGCUAAAACUGUGCCAGCCAAGUUUGGAUUUGCCGGAGUGGUGGGAGUGCGGGAGACACGACCGAGACUUACUGGUUGGUGCUGCUAAGCAUGGGGUCAGUCGGACGGAUUACCAUAUCCUCAAUGACCCUGAGUUAUCCUUCUUGGAUGCACAUAAAAACUUUGCUCAGAACAGAGGGGCAGGUAACGUAUCUUCCUUGAAUCCACUGGCAGUUGGGUUUGGCCCUAUUCCCCCAGUCAUCUCGUCCACUCACAUUCAAGAUGAAAAGGUGAUGGAGCAAACCGAAAGUAAAGUGGAGGAGUCGGAAAACCCAGCUGCCAAAGAGAAAUCUGAGGUGAAAGAAGAGGAAGAAGAGACAGAUGGUGGGGAGAAGGACAGUAAGCAGGAAUGUGAGGCCAAGGCGAGCUUGGUGAAAAAUGACCUGAAGGGCGUGGAGGGCAGCACGGACAUGGGGCCCAAGUCUGUUUCAGAAAAGGGUUCUGAAGAGGAUGAGGAGGAAAAGCUGGAGGAUGAUGAUAAGUCAGAAGAGUCUUCCCAGCCUGAAGCAGGAGCCGUGUCUAGAGGGAAGAAUUUUGAUGAAGAAAGCAAUGCUUCUCUGAGCACUGCAAGGGAUGAAACCCGAGAUGGGUUCUACAUGGAGGAUGGAGACCCUUCAGUAGCUCAGCUCCUGCACGAACGAACGUUUGCCUUCUCGUUUUGGCCUAAGGAUCGAGUCAUGAUAAACCGAUUAGACAGCAUCUGUGAAGCAGUGCUGAAAGGCAAAUGGCCAGUCAAUCGGCGCCAGAUGUUUGAUUUCCAGGGGCUCCUCCCCGGUUGCACAUCCACCUCUGUGGACAGCCCCCUGCAGAAGAGGAGCUUCGCGGAGCUCUCCAUGGUGGGUCACACCAGCAUCGGGGGGAGUGAGGACAUCACGUCUUCUCCUCACUUAUCGAAGGAAGACACACUCAGUCUGUCAGUCCCGCGCCAGCGGCGGCGGCGGAGGAGGAAAAUCGAAAUUGAGGCCGAAAGAGCUGCCAAGCGGCGAAACCUCAUGGAGAUGGUUGCCCAGCUGCGGGAGUCUCAGGUGGUCUCAGAAAACGGACAAGAGAAAGUUGUAGAUUUAUCAAAGGCCUCAAGAGAGGCAACAAGUUCUACCUCAAAUUUUUCAUCUCUUACUUCAAAGUUUAUCUUGCCGAAUGUCUCCACACCAGUCUCUGAUGCCUUUAAGACUCAAAUGGAACUGCUCCAGGCAGGCCUGUCACGCACACCUACGAGGCAUCUGCUUAACGGCUCCCUAGUGGACGGAGAGCCUCCCAUGAAGAGGAGGCGGGGAAGGAGGAAAAAUGUGGAGGGCCUUGACCUGCUUUUCAUGAGCCACAAACGGACAUCGUUGAGUGCAGAGGAUGCUGAGGUGACCAAAGGUUUUGAAGAAGAUGUAGAGACUCCACCAACAAGAAGCAUUCCUUCUCCUGGACAGUUGGACCCAGACACACGGAUCCCUGUGAUAAAUCUAGAAGAUGGGACUAGGCUGGUGGGGGAAGAUGCUCCUAAAAAUAAGGAUUUAGUUGAAUGGCUUAAACUGCAUCCUACUUACACUGUUGAUAUGCCAAGUUAUGUACCAAAGAAUGCAGAUGUGCUGUUUUCCUCAUUUCAGAAACCGAAACAGAAACGACAUAGAUGUCGAAACCCUAAUAAAUUGGAUAUAAACACUUUGACAGGAGAAGAAAGGGUGCCUGUUGUCAAUAAACGAAACGGGAAGAAGAUGGGUGGAGCGAUGGCCCCUCCAAUGAAGGAUCUACCCAGGUGGCUGGAGGAAAAUCCUGAAUUUGCAGUUGCCCCAGAUUGGACUGAUAUAGUUAAGCAAUCUGGCUUUGUUCCGGAGUCCAUGUUUGACCGUCUUCUCACUGGCCCGGUGGUGCGGGGAGAGGGAGCAAGCCGAAGAGGAAGGCGGCCGAAAAGUGAGAUCGCCAGAGCAGCCGCAGCCGCUGCCGCUGUGGCCUCCACGUCGGGCAUCAACCCUCUGCUGGUGAACAGCCUGUUCGCUGGGAUGGACCUCACCAGCCUCCAGAACCUCCAGAGUCUCCAGUCUCUCCAGCUGGCAGGGCUCAUGGGCUUCCCUCCAGGACUGGCAACAGCUGCUGCGGCCGGAGGCGACUCUAAGAACCCGGCGGCCGUACUGCCGCUGAUGCUGCCUGGGAUGGCGGGCCUGCCUGGCGUGUUCGGGCUCGGUGGGCUGCUCAACGCCCCGCUGUCGGCCGCCGCAGGGAACGCCGCCCCCGGCCCCGGGCAGGGCGACCCGGAGGACGGCACUGCAAAAGCGGAAGAGAAAGGCAGUGAGAAUGACGACGAGAACAAAGACUCCGAGAAAAGCACAGAUGCUGUUUCGGCUACUGACUCUGCGAAUGGAUCUGUUGGUGCUGCUACUGCCACGGCGGGGUUGCCCUCCAACCCGCUGGCCUUCAACCCUUUCCUCCUGUCCACGAUGGCCCCCGGCCUCUUCUACCCGUCCAUGUUUCUACCUCCAGGCCUGGGAGGGUUGACACUGCCUGGGUUCCCCGCGCUGGCAGGACUGCAGAACGCCGUAGGCGCCGGGGAGGACAAGCCUGCCGACAAGGCUGAGGGGGCCCCCUUCAAAGACGAGGAGACCCUGGAAGGCAGUGACGCCGAGGAGAGCCUGGAUAAAACUGCCGAGUCCUCCGUCUUAGAAGAUGAAAUAGCACAGGGCGAAGAGCUAGACUCACUCGAUGGGGGGGAUGAAAUGGAAAACAACGAAAAUGAUGAAUAACCAGUACCAGUUCCAGUUAAAGUGUUUAAACUUUUGACAAGUGGUAGUCCUACUGUUUACACUCACAGUUAAUGUUCAUACCUAGUUUUAUAAGCUGUUCUGUAACAUAGUGUAGCAAAAAAAAAAAAAAAAGUCCAAGUCAUGUUAUACAGGUGUGUCAAAAGGUAUCUUGGUCAUUAAGUAUUGUGCAGUGCAUUAUUUAUUAUCCCUAGGAAAGAUGAAAUUUGAGAGGUGAUCAUGUCUUUUUAAGGAAACUUACAUAAUGCUCUGCUGUUGUUUUUUUUUU